AUGUCGGCAACUCUGGAGUCGCCCGCCGUUAAGCCCUCGCCUAUAAUGUCAGAGGUCAUCACAGUCGGAUGGCUAAUAUUCUUUUCGUUGCUGGGGACAUUGGCUCGGCUAGGGGUCGAAGCUAUCACCCUGUAUCCCAAUUCACCGUUUCCUUCCCGAGUCCUGUGGGCAAACCUGGGCGGAUCGUUGUUCAUGGCCUUCCUGGCCGAAGACCGCCGUCUCUUUCGACAACCAGAGACUCCGCCCGAUUUACAAGCCGCCGAUGCUAUGCACAAAAAGGUCAAGAAGACCAUCCCUCUCUACAUCGGGCUGGCCACGGGGUUUUGCGGUAGUUUUACAUCCUUUUCGUCCUACGUACGGGAUUGUUUCUUGGCUUUGACAAACGCCCUUGAACCUCCCUCGCCGACCUCCCCAUACCACGUUGACUCGAACAUUGCAUCGAGGAAUGGUGGGUUUUCUUUCCUGGCAUUGCUGGCUAUCAUGAUUGUCCACCCUGCCGUAUCCAUUGCGGCUUUGCAGGUCGGAGCACAGCUGGCACUCUUUCUGCAACCUGUAACCCCGACGAUUCCUGUGAAAUUUGCCCGGAUGGUUCUCAAUCCAUUAAGUGUCGUGCUCGGAUUCGGCUGCUGGCUUGGAGCUGUCUUCCUUGCGAUCUGGCCGCCGGGCAACGACAUCCAUUGGCGGUUUCGCGCUGUGCAACCCUUGGUUUUCGCCCCGGUGGGUUGUCUCAUGCGAUUCUACGUCUCGAAGCACAUGAACGCUCUUGUUCCAUCAUUUCCACUGGGAACAUUCACGGUUAACAUGCUCGGCACAGCAGUGUUGGGAAUGGCAUUUGAUUUACAGCAUGCCCGGCAUGUAGGAGCGUCAAGCGCCAAUGCGUGCGCUGUGCUGCAAGGCGUCAUGGAGGGAUUCUGUGGGUGUGUGACGACCGUCAGUACGUGGGUAGCCGAAAUCCACGGCCUGAGACGUCGCCAUGGCUGGAUCUACGGCCUGACCAGCGUCGGGGCCGGGCUGGCCAUGAUGGUGGUGAUCAUGGGCAGUAUGGGGUGGACGGUGGGAUUCACGCCGCCGGCAUGCAGUUGA